UAGUCAUGUAGCAGACAAGCCUAAGCUUAGUUUACCUUAACCGGCGAGGCUUGCACGAAUUUCAAUUUUCUGAAAAAUGUCUAAAUUCAAUGGAACAUGGGAGGAUAGAGAAUUAGAUCCGAGCUAUGAAGCCUUCAUGGAUGCAAUAGGACUGGGAGAAUACAAGGAAAAAUACAGGGGAGCAAGAACUACGUUAACAUACGAAGUAAACGGCGAAAACUGGAAAAUUACAUGGCUCACUUCACUGUAUCCCGACAACCCCAUGACGUGCGACAUUCAGAUCGGAAAAGAGUUUGACACAAAAGGUCCUGAUGGAUCUGAUGUUAAGGCAACAUUCACCGUAAUAAGCGACUGUGAGAUCAAAGAACACGAGAUUACGAAUACUGAAGACGGCAAAAACCGAGAAUUCAUCAUCACCAGAAAGGUCAAUGGAGAUAUUAUGGAUGUUACUAUGGAGGCCGUUACUUCUAAGGCUACGAUGAAAGGGAAAAUGUACAGAAAGAAGUAGUCCAAAGACUUGGUUAGCUUUAUUCACUGGAAUUUGACUUGGUUUGCUUUAUUCACUGGAAUGUUAGAAACGAACAGAUACUUAGAAGUGUGAGAAGUGCACACCUGUUUGGUUACAAAAAACUAAUACAUGUAUAACAGUUACAUGUACUAGAGGACUGAUUUAUGCUUAAAAGUGUGAUUCUAACUUGAUUUUUGUUCACUUGUUAAAGUAUAAUAUUCAUCGAUCAGUGAAAUUGCAUAAAAUAUGUCCCAUAGUUGUGUUUUGUUAAUCAUUUUUACCAAAGUGCCAGUACUUAGAUAAACGACCUUCAUUUUCUGUGUGUAAAAAAUGUUCAAUGCCUCAUACCUGUAUUUAAAUCUCCAAGUGUCAAUACUUCCAGAUAGUAAAUGUAAAAAUCUAGAACACAAGGAUUUCAAAAUCAGCGCCUUUAUUCAAUACUCUGUGUAAAUACAUGGAGGGUAUCUAAUGUACGAAAAUGUCAAUAAAAUCUUGCGUAUGGAUUUAGAUAAGCAUAUAAAUUGUUAUCAAGUUU